GGAAAAUCUUGUUGAGAUUAUUUUUUCUUCGAUAAUUGUGAAAAUUCCUUAAAGGCAUGGGCGAUUCAAUAGAGACACAAAAGGAUUAUAAAAAUAGAGUGCACUAUCUAAAUAAUUAAAUACCUUUUUUCAGAUCCAUGCUUUUCAAAUGAUAAUUUCUUCGAGAAGAUGAAAACUGGCGUGAGCAAUAAUAAUAAAAUUUAUACAGAUAAAUUUGAAAACAUUGAGAAUAUUUCCAAUAAUAACAAUAGUAGUCCAUCAUCGUUCGACUUGCUAAGUUAUUCGAAUAAUAAUGUUUAUGCUGAUAUAGUUGAUUUAGACGAUACUGAAACUCUUAGUCUCAUGUAUAGUCAGAAUGUAAAUGCACAACAAUUUGAUCGAGGAAGACAUGAUCGUACAUUGAGUAAUAAUAGUACGAAAAAGCCAUAUGAUGAACAGAGCUUCUAUUUAGCUAAUUCAUCCGUUACAUCAAGAUCGUUUGAUAAAUCCUAUAAUCAUCCUCACAACAUACAAGAUCAUCGUCGACAUUACAGCAGCAGUGAUAUAAAUUAUCUGCAACAUCCUCGUCCACAUUCACAAAACUCAUAUUAUAGUAGAGCAUCUUCACAUCCAAGUAAAGACUUUAGCAAUAAUUCAGUUCAAUCGCCAUUAGCUUUACAUUCUACAAAUAAUAUUCAAACAGUUAAGGGUUUGAAUAAGAGUAAUUCCGUCUCAGCAUCAUCCGCUUAUAGUAGUAGCAAAAUGAACAGCAAUAAUAAUAAAAUGGCAAAUGAUCAGAAACACAUGCCAUCCAAUUCAAACUCCAAUGCAAGGAGUAACAGUAAAAAUGUCAAUUCAAAUCAUUUUAAGCGAAAAGUUAUAUCACCUGAGGAAGUUAUACAACUAUUUUCAGUUCCACAUCACGGCGCUCCACAUCCUCAUCCAGCACAUCCGCAUUUAACUGGUUUUCUUGGGCAUCAUCAGCAUCAACCGCAACCAUCAUCGACAAAUCGACAACGAACAAGCAGCGGUUCCGCUAUUAUUAACGAGCACCAACGAGGAAGAAAGAGUCCAUCGUCAGCAUCAAGCCCACCAACAAUGACACAUCAACUGUAUCGUACAAUGAGGGAUCAACACAUGAGUCACAGCAUACCAAAUAUCCAUCAAUUAGCAACACGUACCAUUCAUUUGAAGAGAAGUGAUAGUACAAAAGCAAACUCACAGAAUUUGAGUUUACCAUUGAAGCAGACAUCACAUCAUUCAAGUAGCAGCAAUAAAUCAUCAGGAAAUACAAAAAAUGAUCCACAUUCAACAGCAGCAGCAGCAGCAUCGAAGGAGGAUAAUGGAUUUGGAUUGUGUGUGAGGGGAAACAAAACGACAGGUCGUGGUGUUUAUGUCUCAAAAGUUGAAAUUGGUUCGCCAGCCUAUCUUAGUGGAUUGAGAGCUGGCGAUGCAAUCUUGGAAAUAAAUGGCACUCCAUUUACAUCUCUUCAGCACGAAGAGGCUGUAAAAAAAUGUACACAAAUCUUAAAAGCAGAAAAAUUCUGCUCGAUGACUGUUCGAUCGCCUGAAGGCAGUGGUGGGUCAUCAGCGCAUGCAACAAUGAAAUAUAAUAGCUUCGAUGAGUCUCAAUUGCAUCAGUAUCCACGUGAUGAAGAACUUUAUAUUCCUGUACCUCAAGAAUUUCAUCAACCACAUAGCAGCGGUGCUGCAGUUGGUGGUGAUUCUGGCUCAAUUCAUUCAGCUCCACCAUUAAAGCUUGGAUGUAUAUGGAUAGAUAGGCAUGGACGUUCUGUAUCGCCUCCUCACGAAUAUAGUCAUCGACGUGUUGAGAAAACAGAUCGUGUAAGGCGAAUCGAUUUACUCAUUGAACCUGGUCAAUCAUUAGGAUUAAUGAUACGAGGAGGCAUCGAGUAUGGUUUGGGGAUUUUUGUCACAGGUGUUGAUAAGGAUAGUGUAGCUGAAAGAGCUGGUUUGAUGAUUGGAGAUCAAAUAUUGGAAGUUAACAACCGUUCCUUCUUAGAAAUAACUCAUGAUGAAGCUGUAAAUUUAUUAAAAUGUCACAAGCGAAUGACACUUCUUAUUCGAGAUAUUGGAAAAAUUCCAUACUCUUGUUCUUAUAAUAAUAGUAAUAAUAAUAAUAAUCUUAAUAAUAAUUACCCACAAUCUUCGUCAUCCUGGCACGCUGGAGAUACGUCGACAAGUCGACACAUUAGCACGUCUUUAAAAGCAAUUAAGAAAAACUGUAGCAUAUCUUCGAUUGAGGAAAAAGCUAGAUCACUAUUGUCACGCAAUCAUUUAUUGAAUUUGAUUCACAAUAUAUCUGAAUAUGGAGCGAAAAGGAAUAUGGACAUUGAAACAUUUGUUACGAUACUUUUAGAAUUGCUAGAUACACCAGAAAAGCAUAGUCUAGUUUCUGAAAUACGUGAUAUUAUUUAUCCAGAGGAUAGACUACGAUUUGAUGAAUUGAUGUUUCGACAUGGCGUAACCGUGAAUGUUCUAUCAAAUAAUGUAGCUACUCUUUAUGGCCGUAGUGGAGGAGGUUUUAAAAAUAAGCUUGGAAGUAGAGGCAUCGAUGAUCAACUUAAUCAUUCAGGAUUACACUCAGGGAGCUACUUGAGCUUUGACGGUAUUCGAUCGAUUACGCAGAGAUUGCAUUCUUGGUAUUUUGGACGUCCAUUGUCAAAAAACCAAUUGAGAAAUGAUCCUCACAUACAUCACGAAAGAGCUCGUGAGCACGUUCGAAAGCCUUCAAACGAAAUGAGGUCUUCAAACGUCAUACAAAAUAGCGAUGGAAAUUUAUUGGUAUCCAUCCCGAAAACGAAAGCCAUAUUAGGACUCGCAAUUGAGGGCGGAUCGAAUACAAAACAUCCCUUGCCAAGAAUCAUAAAUAUUCACGAAAAUGGAGCAGCGUUUGAAGCAGGCGGCCUUGAAGUUGGUCAAUUAAUUAUGGAAGUCGACAAUCACAAAAUAGAGGGUAGGCAACAUCAAGAGAUAGCUCGUUUGAUUGCUGAAUGUUACACAAAGUCAGAUCGACCUUAUGUCACAUUCCUUGUGACCGAACCGAAGAAAUCCAAUUUGGAGCCUAAAUCUACUGCACUUGUCUAUUUGGAAACAGUUAUAGUGGUCAUACACUUUUGUCUAAAUGUUAUUUUUCUGAUUUUAUAACAUAUAACGAAACUGUAGUUGCUUUGAACAGAAACAUAAAAAAAAUUAUUAAAAAUUUAAAAAGAAAACUUUCAAACUUCGAAUAAUAAAAUGCAUUUUAA